GAAUAUUUUAGUUUGUAUAACAUAGCAAAAAUUAAGGAUAAACUGUCGCAACAGCCUUUUAUUGAACAGAACAGCAUCCAAGUUGUUCUGGUAAUUUCAAAAGUUAUAGAUAAAAACAGAAAGAAAAAGAAAACAUAAUGCCGGUGAAGUUGGAGCUAACAAUGGAGGAGCUGGUCCGCAUUGCGCUGGGCGUUCCGGAACUAACCCGCGUCAACGUUGCAGUUCUACAGAGCCUGCUCGUCAUGCUAAUGAAGAAAAUCAAUUGUCAGAAUGAUUUGGUCACCAUAACUGGCUUUGAAUCCAAGUGCAUGGAGAAGAUUCUGGAGCAAUCAAAAAUCUCACCAAUACCGUUCAACGAUGAGAACAUUGUGCCCAUUUCUGAGAAGCUGGACAAGGUCAGCAGCAUGGAGAAGCGCAUCGAGGAGCUCGAGCACAAAUUGGAGCAGCAUUUUCAACAAAUACGCAUUUGCAACAAGGUGAACGACAAAAAGUAUCAAAUGAGCACCUGGGAGAAAUACUCAUCGCCCUGCGAGGAUCUGUGCACCGCCUGCGAUGAGGAUAACAAGAUCGCCUGCAGUCUGCUGCAGAACAUGGACUUCAUGAAGAAGCUGUUGCGUCGCGUUGCCACGCCCAUAUUGGACCAGCUGGAUGAGAUAUCCGCAAAGCUGGAGCGCUUCUAUGAGACGCUCAAAGCGUUCCUGAAAAAGGCCGAUGAGCUCUUCGAGCGUCUUGAAUUGGUCAAGCAGUGUGUGGUGGAAAUUGAGAAUCUGCGCAAACUGGUCGAGGAAUACAAUCUAACAUUCAUCGGCACCAUGGAGGAGCUGCAGGACAUGCUGGACUCCAAACUGGACAAGGUGCACAUGCCGGCUCUAAAAAAGUACAUACGCGAUCGCUUCGACGACAUCGAAGUGCGUCUCGUUCAGAUCGAAUCCAAGGAGACCUGCCCACGUGCCGCUGGCUUUAUCAACACGAACCUCAAGUGUCUGUCCUGUGGCAACACCAACAUCGGCGUCGAUGUGGGUCCUCAGACCAUGGGCCUGUUGCCUAAAGCAGUGCCUGGAAAGUUCAAGGAAGUGGCGCAUCCGCAUGGCAAGGAUCAUCCCACAACUCGCAGCUCCAUGACCUCGCACCUGGCAGACAACUGUUCCAAGGCAACGGUGUGCCGUGCUCUCGAAAAGGAGCCAACCAUUAUGGUGCGUGUCCAUAACAUGAACCUCGAUAUGCUCGCCCAGCGCCUCAAUCGACCAACUACUGGCAAGUUUUGCAAACUCCCCGAGGCCAACGAUACCAUCUAUGGUGUGCGUAAUUCUUGUUUUUCUGGUUAGCAUUCCAUGCAAUUUGCAUAUUGUUUAGUGAAGAGAACUCGUGUUUCCCUCUAAAUUCGUUUGCAAAAGUAUAAAUAAAUGUAUUACAAAAAAAGCAUAA